AUGGAAGAGAUCAUAUGCAAUGGAACGCACAACGAAAGCCCGUUACAUAAGCUCCACAUUCGGUUUGCAGGUAAUUGGGACAACUUCCGGAGCGCUGGCCCCUCCACAGCGCAAGACCCUCACAAACGCGUGUUCUACUUUGGGCGAGCCAAUGAUGACAGAAUGUUUGAACAUCAACGAGAAGCAGCGGGUGGUAUCUCUUCUGGAUUCGGCUGCUUGAUCAGAGAGGACGUCCUACAAGUGAUGCCGAAGGAGAUCCAGGCACGAUUUCCAUGUGAUACGCAGAUCGCAAUAAGAAUCCCACAAAAGGACGGGAGCGAGUAUCUGGUUCAUGCCAACGAAAUGGCGCGGAUAGCAAUUUACUUGCCCGAGAAGAACCCGGAUGCAGGUGGUCAGCCUAUGAUGGUUGAGUUUGAUCGAUUGGCACUCGUGGUGCCUGCCGACACUGGACUAUCGAAUGACGGAAGUAACAUCAAGGUCUGGAUGGGUGCCGAUUACUGGGACCGCCGUUCAGGAUACUCACGUGCUCUUUUCCGAGAGUGUCAGCAGGAAUCCCCAGACGAUCAGCCAUUACUGGACAUCAUCCACCCGGGCGGCGAUACCAUCACCAUCUGA